CCAGAACACACCCUCGUUGAAAUCUCCCGAGGACGGCAAAAAGCGGUCGCCGAAGCAGGCCGGAACGACGCCUGAGAAAGGAAGGGCGAAAUGAUGCAAGGACGGAGGGACGGAGCGCGCGUCUAGCACUUCUGCAUCGGCCUUGGCCAGCCGUUCGCAGGAACGCAUGUCCUCUCUCUUUCGUCUUUUUGCAAGCCCAACAGCAUCCCCAGUUCCUCAGCUCAUUUUGUGGAGGCCAUGCUUUUCGGUCCUACCGCUAUCGCCGACGCCGCCGCCGCAGCAGCAGCAGCUGCUGCUACGGCUGCUGUUACUGAUGCUGACGCUGCCCGACUCUAGCCAUGCUAUGCACGACGGUGCGAUGCAAGGCAGAUCUCAACCGAACGCGAGCCCUGCGUCCGAGCCUUUCCGCUCGUCUGCAAACCCUCUUUUUAGCUUCUCUCUCUCUUCCCAAUUCUCCACUUGCCUCUUCUUUACCCUUAACUCCUUCCCUUCUCCGCGUCUGCGUUCCGUAGUGGGGUUGGGGGGAGGGAGCUCGAGGGUACCGGCACAGAGGGGACAUGCGCGGCAAAACUCAAAAAAAAUCAAUAGAAAACAAAAAGUGUCAUAUGCACCAAAAAAAAGAAGAAAAGUUUGGUGUUAACUGGAGGCGAAGUGUGGGCUCGGUGCCUCUUUCGCGUUGCGUGUGUCAGUAAUAAGAUACCGCACAGGUUUCGUCCUCACGUCUCCCUCAACGCAUGCAAACAGCAACAGCAAACCCGUGACACGCAGCAAGAAUAUAAAACGGCUUUUCGUAAGAUAUGUGGGGAAAUCCAACAGCUGGGAAAUCCAAAACUGUGGUUGCUCCGGACGGUUGCUCGGCAAGAAAGCAAACUGACCCA